AUUUGAUAACAAUUAUGGAAGUCUCCCUUUGAGUUUGUUAUUUUAUGCGGCGGGAACGGGCGUUGGUUUAUAAACAGCGGGUAAAUGAAGUUUUAGGCAUUUAAAAGUCACCAAAGAAUGCGAUACAUAAGCAGAUUCAAAUCCUUGUUUUCAGAUUCAAGCUGUAAACUCAGAAAAUCUCAGCUCUGUAGACUUAGGAUUUCUCAUCUUUCAAGCUUUGUCAAGUCAUCUAAACCUUCUCAACCUAAAAAGGCCCAGCCGCACCACCACCCUUUAAACAGCGAGCAGAGAAUUUCUACACUUUUUAACGAGAUAACUGAAAUUUUAGGUGCUGAAAAUGUAGCACCAGAUGAAACCCCAUGUGGGUUUUCGAUAUUCGAGACGGAGGAAAAAGUGAGUGGGGUUAGUGGAAAUCUUACUUCUUUCUCACCAACUGUUCGGGGAAAUGCUCAAGAGGAGAAAAUUUCAGUAUUGGGAGAUACCCAGAUGAAUAAUUUGAAUAAUAUUGAUGUCAGCCCUGUGGUUCAUGAGAUUACGGAGAUUGUUAGGGCUGAAAAUUGUGUCAUUUCAAUGGAGGAUAGGUUAGAGACUUCGGGCAUUCGGUUUCAUCCUGAGGUUGUUGAGAAGGUUUUGAAACGAUGCUUUAAAGUGCCACAUUUGGCUUUAAAGUUUUUCAGUUGGGUGAAGGUAAGAGAAGGGUUUCAUGGUACGACUGAAAUUUAUAAUACCAUGUUGUCAAUAGCUGGGGAAGCGAAAGAGUUUGGGCUGAUGGAGGAGUUGGCAAAAGAUAUGGAGAUAAAAUCAUGUGAGAAGAGUAUCAAGACUUGGACAAUUCUUGUAUCACAGUAUGGAAAGGCGAAGUUGAUAGGGAAAGCUCUGUUGGUCUUUGAUAAUAUGAAGAAAUGUGGUUGUGAACCUGAUGCAGCAGCUUACAAAAUGAUGAUACGAUCUCUUUGUAAUGCCGGUAAAAGGGACAUAGCUUUGGAGUUCUAUAAAGAGGCAGCGCAGAAGAAUAUUAUGCUCGAUUUGAAUUUGUACAAGAUGGUAAUGAAUUCUGCAGCAAAAUUGGGAGAUGUUGAUGUGGUCCACUCUGUUGCUGAUGAUAUGUUAAAAAACUCUCAGAUUCCAGAGCAUGCUGUUUACAUUUACAUGCUGAAGGGUUUUUGCGCUGCUGAGAGAAUUAAGGAAGCUUUGGAAUUGAUCCGAAACCUCAAUAGUAAGGAGGUAUCAAUUGACAAUGAUUAUUUCGAGACUUUGGUGAAAGGACUGUGCAGGGCUGGCCGGAUUUCAGAUGCUUUAGAGAUUCUUGACAUUAUGAAGAAAAGAAAUUUGGUUAAUGGUAAGGUAUAUGGGUUUAUUGUCAGUGGAUACUUGAGGAAAAAUGAUCUUUCUAAAGCUCUCGUUCUGUUUCAAGAAAUGAAAGAAUGUGGAUUGGCAUUGGCUUCUACCUAUACAGAACUAAUGCAAUGCCUCUUCAAAUUAAAUGAGUAUCAGAAAGGCUGUGAACUAUACAGUGAGAUGCAGCAAUGUGGAAUCCAGCUAGAUAGCGUGGUGAUCACUGCAAUGGUUGCAGGACAUGUUCGCCAAAAUCAUAUAUCUGAAGCUUGGAAAACAUUAGAGAGCAUGGAAGAUUACGGUGUCAGACCCACUUGGAAAUCGUAUUCUGUGUUCGUCAAGGAGCUUUGUAGAGUUUACAGGACAGAUGAGAUCUUAAAGGUUUUGAACAAAAUGCAGGAUUCCAAAAUAGUUAUUGGGGAUGAAAUAUUUCAAUGGGCUAUGUCUUGUAUGGAGAAGAAGGGAGAGAUGGAUAAUGUUGAAAAAGUAAAGCAGAUGCGAAGAAUUUCUAAACUUCCUUCCCAAGGUGAGUUUCUUAAUAAUGAUGCAUCUACUAGACAAAAGUUCCAUUCAAAGUUGAACCAUAAUCGAAUAGAGCAAGAGAAAAUGAAUUCUGACUUGGUGAAGCUACAUUCAAAGGCUUACAGCGAGCAGCAUUUACAAGAAAUUUGUGGGUUGUUAUCAUCAUCAAAUGACUGGUGCUUCGUUCAAGAAGCUUUAGAGAAAUGCACUGUCCAGUUCACACCAGAACUUGUUCUGGAAAUUUUGCGUAACUGUGAAACAAAUGGUAACACAGCUCAGCAAUUUUUCUCAUGGGUGGGUAAACGAGCUGGUUAUCAACACAGUACAGAUACAUACAACAUGGCGAUCAAGAUCGCAGGACGUGGGAAAGAUUUUAAGCACAUGAGAAACUUAUUUUUUGAAAUGAGAAGAAAUCGUUUCAUAAUCACAACAGAUACAUGGACAAUCAUGAUAAUGCAAUACGGUCGAGCAGGUCUAACAGAGAUUGCCCUGAGGAUCUGGGAGAUGAAAGCUAGUGGCUGCAAUCCAACAUGUAGUACCUAUAAGUAUUUAGUCAUAUUGCUUUGUGGGAGAAAAGGUAGGAAGGUAGACAACGCCGUAAAAGUAUUUCAAGAGAUGAUUCAUGCAGGAUAUACUCCAGAUAAGGAAUUGAUCGAAACAUACCUUGGUUGUUUAUGCGAAGUUAGUAAGCUGCAGGCAGCUAGAAGUUGCAUGGAAUCACUCUGCAAAGUUGGUUUCACACGCCCCCUGAGUUAUUCCUUGUAUAUUCGAGCUCUUUGUCGAGCAGGAAGAUUGGAAGAAGCUUUAGCAUUAGUCAAUGAAGUUGAAGAAGAUCGAUCUAAGCUGGAUCAGUAUAUCUAUGGCAGCGUUGUUCAUGGACUAUUGCGAAGGGGACAAACAGAACAAGCAUUGGCAAAGGUAGAGUCGAUGAAGCAGGUAGGCAUUCUACCAAAUGUCCACGUUUACACAUCCUUAAUAGUUCAUUUCUUCAAAGAAAAGCAAGUAGGAAGAGCUUUGGAAACUUUUGCAGAAAUGCAAGAAAAGGGUUGUAAACCAACAGUGGUUACUUAUUCUGCAUUGAUUCGUGGAUACAUGGACUCGAGCAAGAUUACCGAAGCUUGGGAUGUCUUUAACCACAUGAAAGAGAAAGGACCUUACCCUGAUUUUAAGACUUAUUCAAUGUUCAUAAGUUGUCUGUGUAAGGUAGGGAAAUCUGCAGAAGCCCUGCAACUUAUAUCAGAAAUGUUAGACAAAGGAAUUGUUCCUAGUAAUAUUAACUUUCGAACGAUAUUUUUUGGGCUCAACAGGGAGGGUAAGCAAGAUUUAGCUCGCUCUGUACUACACAAAAAGUCUGCUUUAAUACGCAGACGCAAAUUCUUGAACUGAUUUGCGUUAUUUUGGGACUGUUACAUUGUAUAUUACUUUUCUAAUCAGUAAUAAUAUAGAUUCAUUCUUGCUUA